AUGGAUCUGGAGAUCUCCUCUGCUGAAGUGACAGACUCUGUUCUGUUAUACUGCGCUUUGCAGCCCACAGUGACAGGAAACACUUCAUCAUACAAAAAGCUGACAGUCUGACACAAAGAUGAGGGAUGAACAAACAAACAACAACAGCAGCAAAAACAAGACAUUUUCAGACAGAAAUGAAGUCUAAAAUAAUCUGAGGCCAAUAAGAGCUGAAAACCCUUAACCACAAACCACAGAAGAAGAGUUACAUAUCCAGUUAUCAGAAUAGGGGCCUCAUAGUCAAAUACUGGUACAGGCUGGGUAUACCUGCAAACAUGAGGAUGUCUCUGUAGAGGAUCUACUCAGCUCUCUCACUGUCUUAUCUCUCAGUUGGUUUAUCUAGUCUGUGUCAGGAUGUCAUUCACAUUACUGUUGCUCCUCUCUGUGUUUGUAGGUGAGUGCUGAAUUCUCCGUUUAAACCAAAUAACAUUUUGAAUACGAGAUUGCUUUUGUCAAUGAAUGAUUGCAUUAAACACUAAAUUGCAUUUUACUGGAAAGUUUCAAUUCUUUCUCUUGUCAUAAUUUAUGGGCACCUAAUCCAUGCCUUUUUUCUCAUUAGGAAUCAACAUUAACACAAUGACUAUACUUAUGUUGUUGCAGCUGAUAGUACAGAGCAGGAAACAAUAACUCCAGUGAAGCCUGAAGUCAAUGUUCUCCAAGGAACAGACAUCACUCUCUCCUGCAACUACAACGGCAAUGUUAACAAUCUCCAAUGGUACCGUCAAUACCCUGGAUCUAGACCAGAAUGUCUUCUUUUGAUCCUACAAAGCAGCAUAUAUGUACAGAAUACAUCCAUUACGACUCCACGACACACUGGUAGACUGAAUGAAGAGAAGACCCGUGUUCACUUCAUGAUCUCCUCUGUUGAAUUGGAAGACUCUGCUCUGUACUACUGCGCCUUGCAGCCCACAGUGACAGGAAAACCAGACACACUGUACACAAACCUGUCAAGAGCCUUGUGGAUAAACAGUGUCUUGGUGGAGACAUUGUAUUCUGAUAGAUCAGUUAUUAUUUAGAGUACAUUAUUACUAAUAUUUUCCCUGCAUUUCCACAUCAACUGAAAAAGAAGAAAUAAAACGUAUUUGAUAUAAAUAUUAUUCAGGAAAUAAUACUUUAUAUUGUCUGCAUCUUCCUGUUGUGAUAUAACAUGAUCAAAGAUACUAGUCUGAAUAAAUACAAAAUGAAGAACAAUUUUUGUGUUGUUUUGUUCCUUAGAGCAGGGGUUCCCAAUUAUUUAUUUCAGGUAGCAGUUACGAGGAGGAAAUAAUAUCACCCACAACUGAAGAGCGUAUUUAUGAGAGUGAUGGUUUUACUCUGUCCUGCAACUACACUGGCUCUUACAGUACUGAUACUUUACUGUGGUAUCAACAAUACCCCAGAUCAAAACCAGAAUUUCUGCUUCUCCUCAAUGAAGGAGAGUUAAAGACACAUAAUGAAUCGACCCACCCUCGACUGUCUGUUAAAUUGACCCAUGUGGAUCUGGAGAUCUCCUCUGUUGAAGUGACAGACUCUGCUCUAUAUUAAUGUAAUAAUAAUAAGCCAUUUAGCAGAUGCUUUUAUCCAAAGCAACUUACAGUCAUGCGUGCAUACAUUUUUGUGUAUGGGUGGUCAUGGUGAUCGAACCCACUACCCUGGCGUUACAAGCACCGUGCUCUACCAGCUGAGCUACAGAGGACCACCUCUGAAGCCCACAGUGACAGUACAAACACUGUACCCAGAAACACUGUACAAAAACCUGACAAAAUACAGUAUACUAUAGGAAAAAAGCCAUAACAGAAAAUGUUGGUGUCAAGAGGAGGGGCUGGAUAAUCAAAGAUCCACAUGUAGCUUAUGGGAUACAAAUAACAUUUGUAGUGAAAAUAUGUCAAUCAUUAUUUGAAUAUGUUGGUAACCCAUUGUAUAAAAGUGAAAAUGCCCUGGAAGUUGUUGUUUGGAGGAUAUAUUGGCACGAGACGAACACUCUCGGGCAUUAUCACUUAAUUAUUGCUCUCAACAUGGACCUACUCAGCGGUCUGGUCCUCUGGUGGUAAAUCCAUGUACUGCACUCUUUAGAGGAGCAAAAACAUAGCUAAAGCUACCUAACUGUCUGUUAUGGGCCAGGCAAACAUAAAAAGGCUCUUACACUGUUUUGGUCUGGGUCACUAGAUAUGAAAAGGAAUUAAAGUUUGCACAUGUAUUGUCGUGUACCCUGGUAUGGAUGUAACUCUUAACUCCGCCUUCCUCUGCUGGCUGCGACGUCUCUCAGCUCUCUUCCUCUUGUUGCUCUUCCUGUCCCGUUGACUCUCCGUCUUCUUGGCCUCCUGCUCUCUCCAUCCCAGAACCUGUUGUAGCUCGGCGAGGGUGAGAGUUACAUCCAUCCCAUGGUUCACGACAGAAUAAUAGUUCAUUAUUCAUGUGAGGAUAUAGUGGCUUUAUUCUCAGAUCUUCCUCAACAUUUAAAUGUGGUCAGCAAUGUGUAGGUAGAGUAUAAAGGGUCUUUCUUUAUAUUUACCCACAAACAGCCGUUUCUGCAGCUCCUGGCUGAUCUUCAGGUGAGGUACCUUCUUAUCCUACAUGUGCUGCCCACUACACCUUCUGAAGGACGGGUUGAUCAGGCCCAAGUGAGCCAGGUGGCUUAUCCACUGCUCCUCCCUCUCCAACCACUACUGAGAUGUUCUCUCUGCCUCCUGAUUAGUUAUAUGACAGAUCUUCUUUGUCUGUGCUCCUCCUUUAGACUGCCCUCCACAGUUAUGGUUUUUCUAUGCAUAAUAUAAUCACAGAAUAGUUCCAUUUAGUGUUCAACAUUCUGCCCAACAAGGUGAAACCUUGACAUUGCUUGUAUUUUCAAGAGUAAGUUACUAGUGAGAGUCAAUAGGUGUCAGUGGAGUCUCAUCAAUUUGCUCCUAUUCCUUUAAAUGAUGCAUGCAGCAUACCAACACUUUACAGGUGUCUGUGUUGUAUAUUUUCCCCCACCAAACAGAAUAUACAUUCAUUAUGUUUUAACCCUUUCUUGUCACAAUUGCAUAUUCUGUUUCUGCUUCUUGUAUUAACCAUUUGCAUUUAUUUUAUAUGAACAGACUGUGGUUUUCCAAAGUGCAUUCAGGCAGAGUCAACUGUAUUCAUUACUAAAUUGUGUAGAACAAUAUAUAAUAUAGGGCUUACAAAACAAUUUAAUAUAUUCCCUUGAGGCAUUUACUUUAAAGGAUGAAGCAGUACAUCAGAUACAUACAACACACUUCAAUAAAAUCAACACUUGAAAUGUAAUUAAUUGUAAGAGUGCAUUUAAUAACUAUAAUAGUAUAAAAACAGUGCCAAGGGUUGGUCAAGGUUAAGGUCGGCUCUAGCCCAAUUCUAACACUACCUUCUUGUCCACCUACUGAAUUGACCGUGACCCUAGAAUUAACCCUAACCCUAGCUUCAGUUGGCACAAAUAAUGAAAAACAUUAGGAGAAGCAGGAUUAUGAGGAAGGCAGUUUUCUACUUGAUUAACUCCAGGAAGGAGUGAGAGGUUGAUUUUAUGGACCAAAUCGAGAGACAACAACCAAUGAGUAAUAGGCUACAUGGUGAUGCCAUUGACCAUCAUUUACGUUAAUGUGCACUGCGAUGUCAGAGAUUACGAUCAUGGUUGCAUCCCUUGUCAAUCAUUGGUAUCAAUCAUAAAACAAUCAUUAGUUGACUCUACUACUGUUUUAAAUGCAUUGUAAAGAUAACUCUUUGUGGCAUUGGUCAGCAUAGCCAAGGUCUAUAUUGGACUGGUUCAUAGGCUACAGUGGUCUGGGCCUUUCUUUCUGAUUUUGUUACAAACCCUUGCUGGAUAUAUUAUUUUAUUUUAUUUUAUUCGUCAGAGGAGCUCAAUUUGGCCUGAACAUAAAAUGUAUUUCUCCAAGGCCCAUAACAACUACCAAAUUAGAAUUUUGAAAGGACUUGGAGAAGAAGGUAACAUUCUUUAAAGGAGACAUUUCAUGGUACCAAAUAUAUCACAUUUAAAAAGGAAUCCCUUUGGCAGUUCAACUAAACAAUUGAAUAUACCAUAAGCUCCUCCCCUACUGCAGAGCCCAACUUUUAUGAGACUUCUCAGCUACAGUGGAUGGAACAUAAAGUCUAUAACAGUCUAUUCUUCCUCUAUACAUGAAUCACAAUGGCCCCUUUGCUUAGGAAUACUGUACUUAUCCUGGCUGCAUGCUAUUUUGGUACAGUAUAGUGCUUCUCCUUUCUACAUUCUCAUUCUCUGAAAUAUUUAUUUUUCAGAUUUCAAAGGUGAAGAGUCUGUUGACCAGCAGAGUGGACAUGUUACUGCCCUUGAAGGAGGACUGGUAACACUCAGCUGUAACUACACUAGCAGUAGUCCAUCUCCUGAUCUAUUCUGGUACAUCCAGUUAACUAGGGACACUCCUCAGUAUAUCCUGAGAAGAGAUCGCUAUUCAGAAGGGAGCAAUAGUGAUGAGUUCAAGAAGAGGUUUGAUUCCAGGCUGAAUUUCACAUCUAGCUCUGUCCCCUUGAUGAUCCAGAGGUUGCAGCUGUCUGACUUUGCUGUGUACUAUUGUGCUCUGAGGUCCACUGUGACAACAGGAUGGACAGCCCCCUUACAAAAACAAUUUGACAGUGUGAUAUAAGACUCUUAGAGGGCCUAGUUUAAGCUCCUCCUCAAUACUUCCUAUAAGAGAGUUAAAGCAUUCAAAGACACAUACAAGUGUGUUUGCUCUCUCCUCAGCUACCCAUCUCACAGUAGACAUGGAAGCUUGGCUGAAGAAUAUUCUGAUUCUUGCUGCUUUUUGUUGUGGUAUGAUUGAUAACUAUUAUUUUAUUUAUUUGCUUACUGACAUUGCAUAAAUGAUCCCUUUCUGUUGUCAUGUAAAAUAGAGAAAGUUGCACACUCUAUAUGCUCCCAAUGAUUUCAUGGGUAUAAAUCAUCAAAAACACCCUUUCUUUUUUCAACUUAUUUUUUUAUUUCUCUCCAGAAUGCAGAGGAGACAGUGUGUCACAGCCUAAAGAAGAUGAGACUGCUACCGAAGGAGGACAAAUAACACUUACCUGUCAUUACAAAACAGACGAUCCAAGUCCAUAUCUAUUCUGGUACAAACAGCGAGCUAACGACUACCCCAAGUAUAUGCUUAUGCGGCAAAAAUUUGGAACGGGAGACAAUGCUACUGAGUUCAAGGAGAGAUUUCAUGCUGAUCUCGAUGCCAACUCCAAAUCAGUCCCUUUGACUAUCCAGAGGGUGCAGCCGUCUGACUCUGCUGUGUACUACUGUGCUCUGAAGCCCACUGUGACAACAGGAUAUACAGCCCCCUAACAAAAACAUACUGAGCUACACAAUGACAAUACACCUGUCUGUACAGUAUACAACACCACUUAGAAAUUGACACAGUAACCUUCUCACUACCUCCCUGAUACUACCAAGACUAGUGGUAGCAGAUGAUGAUAAUCAUAGUGAUGAUGAUGAUGAUGAUGAUGAUGAUGAUGAUGAUGAUUAUACAGAAAGUAUUUGUUGUUGCCAAUAAAGCUCCCUCCUCCAAUUCAGCUCUAAAUGUAGAUGUACGAGACAUUCAAAUAAUAUUUUAAUAUCUCAUGGAUUAGAAAACAUACAUAUAUAUCUUAGAAUUCAUCAUUAGGAGACAAAAGCAUCAGUAUUGUGAACAGAGUUAUGGAAAGCCAGCAUCAACCACAAGGGGGCCACAGUACCAAGUGAGUUUUGCUUUCUACUCUGAAAUGACUUGUCUAUUUGAACAUCCCCUCUGUUCUGUGCUGCAUGGUCUAGGCCUGUGCUGCUACAAAGACAGGAAUCAAGAGAACACCAGCUUCAUACAAUCUAACAUUUGUUUUUGAUCUUGCUAUAGCAUCAGAAUACAGCCAUCAGUAGCUGAAGUUUGAUCUCCAGUGUAAGAUUGCCAUGCAUAAAUGUCUAAUUCUCCUUGUGGCCUCAGGUAAAUGUCUAUGAUAUAUUGAGCACCUCACUUUUAACCUCAAGGAUCUGACCCUUUUUUUAAAAUUUUCGCCUCAAAUGACAUACCCAAAUCUAUUUGCCUGUAUUUCAGGACCUGAAGGAAGGAUAUGCAUAUUCUUGAUACCAUUUGAAAGGAAACACUGAAGUUUGUGGAAAUGUGAAAUUAAUUUAGGAGAAUAUAACACAUUAGAUCUGGUAAAAGAUAAUAUAAUCUUUGAAAUGCAAAAGAAAGGCCACAAUAUAAUAUUGGUGUUUAGGCGCAAUUUAGCAGUGUGUGUGCAAAGUUUCAGAUUGAUCCAGUGAAGCAUUGCAAUACUGGACUAUUUAGUAUCAAGUCUGCCCAAACGUGCUGAAUUGGUCAAUUGAUACAAAAAUGAUAAGGUAAUACAAAAUGUAAGUUUACACACUCCCAGGAAUGUCAUACAUCAGGGGUGUCAAACGUCCGGCCCGCGGGCCGGAUCAGGCCCGCAAACGGGUUUAAUCCGGCCCGCGAGAUGAUUUUGUAAAGUAUAAAAAUGAGCUGCAAUUUUUCAAUAAAAUAAACUGCUGUUCCAAUUGUGUCCACUGGAUGGCGCAAUAGAAAUUGUGUUAAGCAAGCAAACUGUUUAUACCGGGGCAGAGCAAAUAGGUCAAGCAAGUGCAGCCAGUCCGGAUGAGCUACUUUGUUUUGCCCGCGAUAUUUAUUACGGCUUCUACUUUUAACAUUAUGUGAUUUGGCACCCUCAUUGCCCCAAUAUGUCUCUGUCAAAAAAGAGAAAAGUGGACGCAGAGUGCAGAGUGUUCCAAGAAAAAUUGUCAUCCUUCUAUUUAUUCACGGAAUUGAAUGGGAAAGCUGUAUGUUUGGUGUGUUCACAGCAUGUUGCAGUGCUGAAAGAAUAUAACCUUCGUCGCCACUAUGUGAGUCUUCAUGCCGACAAAUAUGACAACUUUCAAGGACAGCGGAGAAGAGAGAAGGUGAAUGAACUGUUGGUGGGUCUGAAGAAACAGCAGUCUGUGUUUACUCACAGCCGAGACAUCAGUGACGCUGCAGUGAAAGCUAGCUACCUCAUUGCUAAUGAAAUCGCAGUGGCUUCAAAACCAUUUAGUGAGGGUGAAUUUGUAAAAACAUGCAUGAUGAAGGCAGCAGAGAUUGUGUGCCCUGAAAAGCACCAGGCUUUUGCAAAUAUCAGCCUGACAAGAAACACAGUUGCAGACAGGAUUUCCGAUCUUUCAGUGGAUUUGGACAACCAGUUGAAGCAAAAAGUAAAGUCAUUUAUUGCGUUUUCGGUUGCAAUUGAUGAAAGCACGGACAUUACAGAUGUUGCACAACUGGCCAUUUUCAUCCGCGGAGUUGAUGACACAUUGACCGUCACCGAGGAGUUCGUGGAGUUGGUGCCGAUGACAGAUACAACGACAGCAGCUGAUAUUUUCACUGCACUCGUCGGCGCGCUGGACAGGGUCGGAGUGGACUGGUCCCGCGCUGUCAGCCUGGCUACAGAUGGUGCGCCCUCAAUGAUCGGGAAAAAAGCAGGCGUUGUGACAAAGUUCAGAGAGAAAGUGCAAUCUGCAAAUGGAGGACGUGAUUUUUUGACUUUUCACUGUAUUUUGCACCAGGAGGCUUUGUGUUGCAAGUCAUUAAAGAUGGAUAACGUCAUGAAGGUGGUCAUCCAAACUGUUCAUUUCAUCCGAUCCAGAAGCCUGAAUCACCGUCAGUUUGACAGCCUUCUCAGAGAGAAAGACCACAUCUAUGGCCUGCCAUACCACACUGAGGUAAGAUGGUUAAGCCGAGGUGCUGUGCUGAGGCGUUUCUUUGAUUUACGAGAAGAAAUUGAACAGUUCAUGGAAGAAAAGGGCAAACCAGUGUUAGAAUUUCAUUCCGCAGAAUGGAUGCAGAACCUUGCAUUUAUGGUGGAUCUUACAGAGCACCUGAAUAACUUGAACAAACAGCUGCAAGGGCGCAACAAAGUUGCCACGCAGUAUUAUGACAGCAUACGUUCUUUCAAGUUGAAGCUGUCAUUGUGGGAGACGCAACUCGCCGGUGGUGAUGCAGCUCACUUCCCCUGUCUGAAAAAUGUGUGCGCGACCCAACAUGUGGCAGACAUGAAGCGGUUUAAAGAUAAAAUAACGGGACUGUUAAGGGAGUUUGAGCAACGCUUUCAGAUUUUUGGUGAACUGGAGAAAGACUUCAAAGUUUUUUGUUCGCCAUUCACCGUGAAUCCCUCUGAUCUGCCCGUCAGCAUCCAACUUGAAAUAAUAGACUUGCAGUGUGACUCGGAUUUGAAGGGCAAAUCUGCUGCAGCUGGCUUGGACACAUUUUAUCAGAAUCUCUUGCCAGGUUACCCCAACUUGACAGCCCUCACUGCAAAACUGUUGUGCAUGUUUGGAAGCACAUAUCUUUGUGAGCAAGUUCUCUGUAAUGAGCAUAAAUAAAACAAAGCUGCGCUCAAGGCUCACGCACAAGUACUUGAAUCACAUCCUGAAGUUGGCUGCCACUCAGGAUGUGAUGCCUGAUAUUGAUGCACUGGUGAAAGCUAAAAGAUGCCAGGUAUCAGGAGUCAAAUAAACUAUGCAACCCCACUUAAAGUGCUGCAUGAGACACCCAGAUAUAGUUCUGUGAUCUGUGAUAUACUUCUGUGAAUCACUGAGGCAUUGUGUGUUUGUGUGUUGUUUGUCCUCAGAAUUUCAAAUAACUUGAGGUGUUUUAUGAUUAAUAGUGAUGUUGUGCUUUUGGACACACUGUCCUCAGGCUCCAGCUUUAUGUUUAUAUGUUUUUAUGUUGAUGUGCUAUUGUUUUUAAUUGAUUUUAUUUUAUUUGUAUAUUUAACCUAUUCUUGACUCUGUGGUUCUUGCACUUGUUUGGGGAACAGGAUUUCAUUAUUUGUAUCUACAUUUCUGCCUGAGAAAUGACCCCCUGAUAUAGUUCUGUGAUCUGUGAAACAGUUCUGUGAAUCACUGAGGCAUUGUGUGUUUGUGUGUUCUUUUUCUUUAGAAUUUUCAAAUAAACUUGAGGUGUUUUAUGAUUAAUAGUGAUGUUGUGCUUGUACUAUUUUGGACACACUGUCCUCAGGCUCCAGCUUUAUGUUUUAUGUUGAUCGUACUAAAAUAAAGAAAACAAUCUGAAGUUGUUGUUUUUAAGUUAUAUAUACCAUGAUUUUACCGGUCCGGCCCAAUUGGGAAUAGAUUUUCCUCCAUGUGGCCCCUGAGCUAAAAUGAGUUUGACACCCCUGUCAUACAUGAUGGAUCAUUAGCUUAUACAGUAACUUUCACACAUCUAGAUGGCCGGGCAGGUUGGGUGUGGAGCCAGAGACAGCAGGGGUUCAAACUGUAGAACCCAGUUCCUACAUUUUAAUAUAAAAUUGAUUUUAUCAAACACAACUAUGCUACAUUUUAUCUCUGGGACCCUUAGGAUGACAAAUCAGAGCAAGAUUACUGAAUGUAAGUACAUGAUUUACCUUCAGAGGUGAAUGUAUAAAAUCAGUUGCCGUGAUACGUUUUUUGUUGUUGUGCACUCUCCUCAAAUAAUAGCAUGGCAUUCUUUCACUGUAAUUGCUACUGUAAAUUGGACAGUGCAGUUAGAUUAACAAGAAUUUAAGCUUUCUGCCCAUAUUAGACAUGUCUAUGUCCUGGAAGGUUUGCUGUUACUUACAACAGUCAUGCUAAUCACAUUAGAGCGCGUUAGCUCAACCGUCCCGUAUACUGGACACCUAUCCCGUAGAGGUUAACAUUAGUUGCAUUGCUAGAAUAGAAAAUGAUACUGUUACCAUUACAUGAUAUGUUACAGUGAGACAGAAUGUUCUGUACAUUAUUUUCAUUUGGAUUUUAAUAUUAUAUUUCUAUGUACAGUAGUAAUACUGCAUUAUCUUUCCAGAACUCAUUGCUGGGGAUCACAUUACUCCUGUAAAGCCCAGAGUCAUCUGUACAGAAGGAGAAUCUGUGACACUGAGUUGCUCAUAUGAUACAAGCAGUGAUAAUAUUCUGCUUUAUUGGUACCAGCAGUACCCUAACCAGGCUCCUCAGUUUCUAAUGGUUAAGGUGCCACAUAAAGUACCAGUUAGCAUUCCCCUGAUAGUUGAUAUAAAUCCACAAAGUAUAGCAUCUGAACUGGUCAUAAAACAUCUAACCCUGGCAGACACCGCUCUCUACUACUGUGCUUUUGGGAAUGAAAGGAAGGUGCUUACAUUUUUCUGAGAAGCUGUACAAAAACCUAAACCUGGAUAAUUAUUUGAUUAUCCCAUCUUGAUGGAAACUGUUUCCAGACCAUCAUUUUAAAUCAGAUACACUCAAGAUGUUUUUAGGCUACCAGAGUGAUUGUGGUUACACCUGUAAAUGUCCUCUCUCCUUUCAAGAAUGAUUAGUACAGCAGCCUAUCAACAACUGCACUAGUGUAGAGAAUUGAACCUCUGUAGUAGAUGUGACAUUUGUCUGUCAGCUAGUGUGACACACAGUAACACACAGAGGAACACUUUCUGAGGAGAGUGAAUGCAUGCAAACAUCCGUCUGAAGAUGGUGAAAUCAAAGCAUUUGAAAAUAAAUGUAUCUUCCUAUUAUUCAUUCACUUCAGAAGAUCCUCUGAAAAAUGAGUUCUGUUGUGUUUAGAGGAGGAGCUAGUAUGAGAAUGAAAAGGAGAGACUCAAAAUGGCAUGAAGGUCUUUCCUCAGUGCAUUGUAAGCUUGUCUCUCUAACAUUAACCAUGCUGUGCUGUUUCAACCUGUACUUUUUAACAUUUGUGGGCAAGUAAAAUACAUUUAACAGUCAUGAUAAUGUGUCAUUACUUCUUUACAAGCUUGGAAAAACAACACACAAGCUUUGAAAGGACAAAUCGAACUUAUAUUUCACAUGUCAGUUUUCUGCAGGUGAUAGUUGAUAGUUGUGGGGAUGGAAUUUACUCAAACAGUCUUGAGAAGGAUGUGAUACAUGGUGGCAGUGUCAAGCUUUCCUGCAACUACACAGUAUCUGGUGGAGGCAGUGUCUUAUGGUAUCACCAAUAUCACAAUUCCUCCUCCUUAUCUCAGUGUAAUCAGCAUCUGCUGAGACAAUAGUUACUGCAGAUCCACCGUAUCCUCGACUGUCAGUUAACGUUGACAAAGUGGGCUGAACGUGUGGAUCUGGAGAUCUCCUCUGCUAAAGUGGCAGACUCUGCUCUGUACUAUUGUGCUUUGAGGCCCACAGUGACAGGAAAACCAGAAACACUACAAAUACCUUCCUGUAAUAAAGUCCUACUAGUAAACACCAUGUAAUAGGCAAGCAGCUGCAAACAAAUGAUCAGAGAUCAUGUUCAUGAUUAUCCAUCAAUAAUUCUGAUGUAAUGUGUGUCCAUUUACUGAAUAGGAGUAGCUAAGAUGAGAGGUAGAGAGAUGAUUCUCCUCUAACUGACUGGAACAGUGGGAUGUCUUCAGUUCUGCCUCCUGAUAACUCACUGUUACACCCAUCACCAUGUUUCUCUAUCCAUUUUUUCUCCUCUCUGCACUUGUUGGUGAGUAUUAGUCUGACAUUACAUACUUCUAGUUUAUUCAAGGUAACUGUCAAGUGUCAUUUGAAAAUAGCACUUCGUAGAAGAAAUGUAAAUGACUGAUUAUAAUUUCCCAUGAACUGAAAAUGUUAAUCUAAACGUAACUUUAUUACAGGAGGAAGUUAUAAAAAUGUCAUAAAUCCAACUUCAGAGACAGAACAUGGCAUGGAGGGGAGCAGUGUUACACUGUCUUGCAACUACUCUGGCUCAGUAGAAAAUCUUCUAUGGUAUCGGUAAUUUCCCAGAUCAGCACCCCAAUUCCUCCUCUACACUACAAUCUCCUUAAAACCCUCUGUAAUAAGAGCUAAACCUGAAGACCCUUGACUGUCUGUUAAUCUGAAUAAAGAGAGAACAAAUGGCUCUGAGAUACAAAUAAUAUUACUACACAGAUCAUACACGUAACGUUAGUUAGCUAGCCAGUGUUGUGUCGAGUAAAUGUUGCUAGUCAUUGCUGUAACAAAGGAGUCCGCUCAUACUGAACGCUUGAUCAUAAGUUUAUUCAUAUCACAAGAUUUCAGCAUAAGUGACGGAUGUCAUGACACCCGGAGAGCAGUGUCCUCGAAUUGUAAUAUCUGCUCUAACCUCUUCUUCGUUUUUCCCCAGUAUAUAUAAUCUCCCCAAGAUAGGGGUGGCUCCCUCUACUGUCCAAUCCCCUGUCUACAACACACAGACUUCUCUGUCCUAUCCGGGGUGUCACAUUAAAACCUUCCCUCUGACACUAAGUAAACAUCCUUUCAGUUCCACUUAAAAACAUUAACAACGUCAUAAUCUUAAUACACUACAUUCCCCCCUUCGAGACGAAAUAAAAGUCUCAAAAACAAACAGAAUAGGAUUAUGACAAGUAACAAUUUAUCUUAUUGAGUAUCUUUAACAUUAAACCAAAAACAUUUUCCUCUAGAGUGUAAAUACCUUUCUAUGAAAUAUGAACAAAUCUUUAUGGAGUGUGAAUACAUUACUAUGAAAUAUGAACAAAUCUUUAUGGAGUGUGAGAGCGAAAAACUGUCUGGCAGCCUUCGUUCAAGACAGUAAAAUUCUCUCACGGUCCCUCUGCCCCAGGCAACCACCUAGGUACUCCCGAUGAAUUCAUAAAUCCUUAUCAAUGCAUUUGAAACUAUGAUGCAAUUAAAUACACAUGAAAGCCCCUGCAAACAAAAUACUAUCCAAAAAAUGUCCACUCUAAGGCUGGUCAACCCAUCAGACCCUACAGUGGAACUCUAUCCCUGCCUAGACUCCCUGUCCCUAAGCAUUCACGAAAUAAACAAAAACAUCUAAGAUCCCCACAUGUAUCCAAUAACAUCAAAUAUCAUUCUACAAAAAUUAAUACCUAAGAAAAUGACACAAAUUAUGUAUUUACACAUGCAAAUAUGUCUAUAUUUCAUUGCAGACACUGGAAUGUAGUCCACUACACUUCAUCUCCCCCGUAGUCUUGACUCCCAAUGCAUCUUCGAUGAUGGAAUGGGAACAUUUCCACACCUUCCUUGUUCCAUCUCCUCCAGUCAUUCUCCUUUCAUAUUGUCCCUUCAUAUUGUCCUUGUUUGAGUAUUUCAAUCUCUACAUAUUCCCCCAAAUGCUUCUGGAAGAAAAGAAAAGACCAAACAGUAUCUUUUGCAAAACAACACUUUCAAAUUAAACAUCAAUAUCAACUAAGAAUAUAAAAAUUAUAUAUAAAUGAUGUAUGAAUCACUAUAAAUGGUAGAAUAAUGAAAUAGGAUAAUGUGAUUCAUUCAUACACUUCCCCCCUUUGAUUCAUAACAUCAUACUAAAAUCACACUAAUAUUGAAAAAUUUUUGAAAAAUGAUCAAAUAAUCAAAAAGGAUAUUUAUCCAUCAAUACUCCAGUCCCACUUGUCCAUCUUCAUCCAGAUCAGGAACAGUCAACAACGGCAUCUGAGCGUUGUCUCCAGGCAUCACAACUCCAACCUAACUCAAUAUCAUAGCUUUCUCAAAGGUCAGUAACAAAUUACAAACAUCACACACAGUGCUAUCAAAACUGCUAUUAAAUCUGAACCAUCACUGCUCCUACUGGGCCUAACUGAUCUUGCAACCAAGACUUCACUGACCAUCCAGCUCCUUCAGAUCUACCAAACGCAUCCCUUAUAUAUUUCAAUGCACAGUGAUACUAUCUGGACUAUCUGGAAUCAAAGUAUAGCUAAUAUUAUCAAUAUGAUCUGCCAAAAAUGUUACACCAUACCAUGGAAAAAGUCCCCCCUUCUCUCUUAGACUUAUCCUCCAAUGAUAGGCUUCAAGACUAUGAAAUGUCGCCAUGUCCCUUUUCACCCUACUUCCAAACCUAGAUUUAGAUUUAUCUGUGUCCGGUGCUACCCCUCUUUUAAUGGUAGAAACCUCAUAUGGAAGCUUCAAUGUUGACAUGUAACAACAUCCUGUCCAUCCAUAGGGUAAGAAUAUAUACGCUUUAUCACCACAAACCCUCCAAAUAUCUCUAAAAUUCCCAAUAGUCACAUUGUCAGGCAAAAGCUAAUCUUUCACCAUCAAAGUCCUGCUCUUCUUACUAACUGGAACAUAAAAAGUAACAUUAUAUUUCUCAUUACUAACCUUAUGUUCAUGCUUACCCAAAGUCAUCAUAUAAUCAUCACAAUCUGAUAUUCCCAUAAACAUACCCUUUCCAUCAUAUGUUUUAUUAGAACAAAAACAACUUUUAACACUCACUGCUUUCACCUCCAAUGCUUCAGGGUUCGCUGUUACCUGAUUUUCCUUCCCAUCUAACAAAUUCCCAUAGGGUAAUUCAUUUAACCAAGAACACCUAAACCUAGGCUUAAACAAAUGUUUUGACAACGACAUUAUUUUAUCUGUUCUGGAAUUCUCAACAGACAUGGACCCUCAAGAUUCCUCACUGAUCUUACAGAAUGAGCUAGCUGCUGGAACCAAAGAUUCCUACCUGCCCAUCCAUCUUUAAUUUUCACAACAGAAGAAUCAAACCAUAUGCCUUCCAUUUAGUUUCUCUCUUCCCUAACGAGCGGUACUGAUCAGAUACCUCUCCUUGUCUGUCAUUAAAAUCAAAGACCUCAUCCUGUACCUCCAUGAUAGUAUCCUUCACUAUUUCAGAUGAAUCUAUAUUGUUCUCAACCACUAUCUGCUCUCCUAUUUUAACCCUAUCCUUACUACCAUUGACAGCACUCUCCAUCCGUACCAUAAAUUCCUGAGUCCCUCUUGCUACCCCCUUUAAUUUCAGAAAAGUUGUUGUCGGUGUCGGUGUCAUACUUCCUACAUUUGUCAUUGCCGUCGCAUCAUUUAUCCCUUCCAAAGUUACCAUUAAAGUAGUUGAUUUAGUUGAUGUAUUAACACCCUUAACUACUUCUAGUGGGAAAGCUACCAAUAUCCUCUGUGUAUUAUUUACUGUUGGAGUGGCUACUGUAAUAUACUUCUCCUGAACUCCUUUGGUGACUGUGGAAGCUUCAACAGACUUCAACUCUUCCAUUAUAAGCGUCACUUUACGAAUUACAUAGCCUUUUAACCAAUAAUUCUUAACCGGAACAAAUUUUAAUGCUUGCACUAGAUAAGUACACAUAUAUUCUCCCUAAUCUUCUCUUAUCAUUCAGCAACGCAUCUGCUCCUAACAGAUCUAAACUCCUACCAUAUCUAUCUUCCCACUAAACUCUAAAAUGUCCUUCACCACUGUUCUCUCUCUCUUACUACUAACUUUGAAACUUAGCUUACUGUCUUAGAGUUCCUUCAACCCUAGUUCUCCUAACUUUUUUAAUCUAAUCUUUUCUCCUAACCUUUAAAACUUUUCCACUGAUUUAUUCACAAAAUCCCUUUACCACCAAUUUUUUAGAAUAUGUGAUUGGGAAGUCCCCACCUGCUUCUGACUUCUUUACACACAGACUUGGCAAACGACUAAACAUCUUUUAGCCUAGUUUGACAUCCUAUUCACCUCUUGGUGUAGGAAUGUAACCAAGAAUAACAGUCACCCCUUUUAACUUUAUUUUUCAGACAGAUUGUCUAAUAGGCAGUCUAAUAGAUUGUCAUCCUUCCUAUGAUAUUAUCUUUUCAAGCAAAUAUGAUUCCCAAAAACCCUACUUUUUAAGAUCUUCUACCAGACAGCCGUCUAGUGUACAUCUUAUUGUACACUUCAAUUUACACCAUGCAUCUCUUCCCAACAAUGCAAUAGGUAUAUGUUCUAAUAUUAGUAUGUCUAUUUUAAUUUCUCUUUGAUUUUUAUAGAAGAGCUCAAUUGGUUCCUUAAGAGUGAUCAACUGUUUUACUACCUCAAAUCCCUAUCCUAAUUAGUUAAUUUUACAUAGUGAGAUGUUUAACCUCUUUAGGCUGAACACAGAUAAAAGCUUUUCCACUAUUCACCAUCAUUUCUCAUAGUCCUUUGUUUUCACUUCAAUUGUUAGAUAUUUUCCUUCUUCUCCCUAAAUCGGUUCUAUCAGCUGACACCCCCCUUCGUAUCUUCUAGGCACUCUAGAAUCCUUGAAGGGUUCACCUAGAGAACAGGUGAUCUUCACUUGCUCCUUUAUCUUCCUCAGAAAUUUCCUCUGUUGUUUCCUCCUGACUUAUUGCACUCACAGGUAAAGUAACCAACCUGUCCACAAUUAUAACACUCUUCUGAAAGUUGCUGGAAGUGUGGCUGAAAUCUUCCUCCUCCUUCUAAGCCUUCUCGUCCUCUUCCUCUCCAAUUCUGUGUCUGUCCAGAAACUGGCUGUGGAUAUGAAACAACUGGUACCCCCCUUGGUGGCUGGUACAAUUGCAUUUGACCUUGUUCAGUUGAAGCUGUAGCAGUGAUUGUUGAUUUGGUUCACUCUGAUUCUUCAUAACCAAAGCUUCUCUUCUCCUAGUUUCCAGACAUCUCGGUUUUUCUUACUUCUGGAGUUUUGGAUUCAUUUUCAUUGUCGUUUCUGCUUGUCCUCUAUCUAUUAUUCAAUCACUUUCAUCAUGUUGAUGACGUCAGGGUUAAGAUUCCCCUCUACUAGCUAUGGUUUGUUCAAUGUCAGGCCAACUUUUGUUUCAUUUGCCGGAUAACCUAGCAAUACUUUAGUUAAAGGAUUACUAUUUUGUACUAUAUCAACAGGUGUAAUUACCUUCAUAGCCUUGAUGUCGUUUUUCCCAUUGUACCAACUCUUUUAUAUUCCUUUAUUGUGAAUUAUUUUAUUUUAGACUAUAUAGCCUAUGGCUUCCCCCCUUUAAUUAUUAAUAUAAACUAAACAACCAAAAUUUUUUUUUUUUUUAAAUCAAUCAAUAAAAAUAUGAAUAUUAAAAAUUCUACUAAAAAAAUUAUUCUAAAAAUAUUUUUAAUUAAAAUAAAAAAUCAAUUAAAAAAUCAAUUAAAAAAUUAUUAUAUCCUAUUUUACCAAUUCAUCAAUAAAUGGCUAUCUUACCACAACCCAUCCGGAAAGUAAAUGCAAGUAGUCAACUUCAGACUACAAUACCCAUAAACCCCCUUGCUUUAUAAGCACCCAAUUAUCUUAAUUUUACAGAAUAAUGUCAGUAAAGUGAUGCACAGAAACUCCAAAAUGCAAAUUUUUUAUGAAUCAGUAUUUGCCAAGCCUCUGUGAAAUUGUCAUAACAUCAAAUAUCCUGUAGGGGAAGAUUUUGUAAACAGAACAGUACCAAAACCUUUUUGACUCGAUCCUUGUCACGUGACGUACACGCCAGCCCCUCCUCUCUUUCUCUCUCUCUCUCUCCUCUCGUCCUAUCGUUCCUCUCAUAUGACAAAAGAGCAUAGAAACAGAAAAAGAAUUUAGCAGUUUAUGCAAUCACUGAGUUACUUCCAGCAUUCAAUAUUCCUCCAGUCACAUUCGCUCUAAGAAUCAACUCAGGAAUAAAUAGCUCAAUAACACUUUUAUUUUAUUUAUUUAUUUAAUUAUUUUUAUUUUUAAUAUGUCAACAUCUCUCUCUCAUUUAUCAAUUCAAUAGGUCACAAAAACAGUUUCAUCUUUAACCAACAGCCGAUGUAACAACUAAAAUACACCAUUAGACUCUAAAUGUCUAAUUCUUUGUUCCUUUUUGUUUGUCUCAGCCUCCCCGCAACACAGUGUAACAGAGGAGUGUCCUAUUUACCCAAAAUCCCCCAUGUUGUAGUUUAGUAAAAUCCCUCGUGUUGUAGUUUAGUACCGUAAAAUCAAACGUGUCAUAAUCCAGUGCCGUAAACUCCCACGUGUCGUAAUCUAGUGUAGUAAAAUCACACGCAUGCGCUAUACAUUCAACGAUACGAUUUCCAGACAACAGAACAUUAGCAUUCUGCUAUAUCUCCUCUCCUUUACCCUUUAUAGACAAACAAUAACACUUAACCGUUCACAAGACACCAGGCACCAAGCCCAAGCUAACUAAACACAUUUCUGAUGGCUCGUCCCAUUCCUAUGGACCACCAAGGAAGAAAUAUUAAUCAUAACCCGCAUCAAAAAUUGUCAUGAUUAGCAUUAGCAUUUAGCAUUAGCAUUAGCAUGUAGCAUGAAGCAUAAUUAGCAGGCCAUGUUAGCAUUUCUCCCUCCGCUGUACCGUAAAAUACCAUUUGUUAGCUAAAUUUAUGCUACCACGAGAUCUGUGGAAUCGACACGAGAGAUUGCAUCAAACAAGCCGUUCGUCAACCGCCAGCUGAGGGGCAAUAUACAUCAUCAAUAAACCACGGUCUCCAGCCCAUCGGACUCACCUAAAACACAUCUAACGCGUAUCAGGAUUUUCUGGCCCACCUUUAAUAGGUCGCCUGUCUUCCAGGGCUUUUCCAUGAUUUACAGCGGCUCUAAGUUACAUACACAUCUGCCUAGGCAUUCCUUAUUCCUCUCUCAAUCGAUUGUUCUUGAACUGUUAUUCAAGCAAAAUCUCUCUAUAGACACUCUAUAGGCUCUCUCUCCCCCCUUUUGCGCUGUCUACCAGUGCAACCAAAUUUAUAAUGAUUAGCCAGACCCCCAGUUCUCAGCAAUACAGCAACACAAGGCACACAUCGUUCCUUUACACGGUACAUCUCCCCAGCGCACACCCAUAACCAGACGAACGAAACGCACACAAGACCGUGAGAAAUCUCACCUUAUGCCGGCGCCUUGAGCGAGAGUCACGUCGUUGCUCAUGAAUAUAACACUGAAGAGACGCAGACCGUCCCUUUUCGUGACGCCAUUCUGUUGUGUCGAGUAAAUGUUGCUAGUCAUUGCUGUAACAAAGGAGUCCGCUCAUACUGAACCCUUGAUCAUAAGUUUAUUCAUAUCACAAGAUUUCAGCAUAAGUGACGGAUGUCAUGACACCCGGAGAGCAGUGUCCUCGAAUUGUAAUGUCUGCUCUAACCUCUUCUUCGUUUUUCCCCAGUAUAUAUAAUCUCCCCAAGAUAGGGGUGGCUCCCUCUACUGUCCAAUCCCCUGUCUACAACACACAGACUUCUCUGUCCUAUCCGGGGUGUCACAUUAAAACCUUCCCUCUGACACUAAGUAAACAUCCUUUCAGUUCCACUUAAAAACAUUAACAACGUCAUAAUCUUAAUACACUACACCAGCCAGCAAACGUUAGCUAGCUAGCUAACAGUACACUUUAACUUGAAAUCAAAACAACUUUCUGACAAAAUUAGAAACGUGUAAUAUCUGAAGAUUUAGCUAGGUAGACUCUCUUACCCGUAUACAUGGAUGGACGCUUCUCCCUCUCUGUCACGGAUGCCAUGGUUGCCCUUAGUUUGAAGAUGUAAUCCGGAGACGUGUUUUAUACAACAGCCUUCUGUGUGUUCUCUUUUCGACUCCGUCUGCAUAUUUGCAAUUUUCGCUCUCCUUAGCUAUCAUGCUCUAUUUCCACUGAUUUCAAAACUCGGUCCUCCAGAAAGUGGAGAGCAACACUUAUGCAGUUCUACUACAUGAUAUCGUUCAAAAAAGCCACGUUAGAAAGGAUUACCUACACAUACUGACAAGCUCAUGUUAUGGACAGAAGCGUGCUACAUAGCAGACCAAUCCGAACUCAUCUCUUGGCAUGUCCAGCCCACUCAUUAUCUCAGCCAAUUUUUUUUUUUUUUCUUUUUUUUUAUCUCAGCCAAUCAUGGCUAGUGGGAAGGUUGCAGUCUUUUUCCGUGGCUAAACCAACUAAGCUCGUAAUUUAACAAUUGUAUUCGUAUUUACAGAUUACAUACAAGUUUGCUAUUAAGGCAUAUGAAAGUUCACAUGUUCCAGAAGGCAUUUCCGCCCAAACAUAGUAUGUUCAAAUGGAGCUCCUGUGAAGUAGUGACGAGCGACAUACGCCUAGUUUCCUGAAACAAGUCACAAAUGAGAGGAGAGGAGAGGAGAGGAGAGGAGAGGAGAGGAGAGGAGAGGAGAGGAGAGGAGAGGAGAGGAGAGUUUGAGCAUUUUUAUAGCAACUGUACUUUGUGGUGGAGCUUGUAGGUAAACAAAGCAGAAAUGAUCAACUGUUCUUUUUUACAGGUACAAGUAUUGAAGACAUAGUUACUCCAGACAGAGAUGUAGUGGAUGUUAUGGAGGGUAGUAGUGUUAAACUCUCCUGUCGAUUCAACAGCUAGUUAACCAACAGUGACAGGAAACCCAGUGAGGCCCACAGUGACAGGAAACCCAGCAACACUAGAAAAACAGACAAUGCAAACACAGAUAAGUUGCAGUGGUUAGACGGCACAAGCGGGGAGCCCAGCCAAGAGCGAUUUGCAGUAGUCCAGACGGGAAAGGACAAGUGCCUGAAUUAGGACCUUUGCCGCUUCCUGUGUGAGGAAGGGUCGUACUAUACGGAUGUUGUAAAGCAAGAACUUGCAGGAGCGAGUCACUACUUUGAUAUUUGCAGAGAACAACAGGGUGUUGUCCAGGGUCACGCCAAGGUUCUUUGCACUCUGGGAGGGGGACACUGUGGAGUUGUCAACCGUGAUGGAGAGGUCUUUGAGCGGGCAGGCCUUUCCCAGGAGGAAGAGCAGUUCUGUCUUGUCGAGGUUGAGCUUGACUGAACAUUCUCUCAUAUAAAUGUAUCUGAAUUGAUGCAAUCUUUAUGGUCAUUUAGGAAACCAAACCUUCAUCACCACCACCACACUUCAUUAAAAGCCAGCAUUUAAAUGGGUUUUAUGUCAUAACCUGGGCAUAGGUGCCAGUUCUGAUCCUGGGAUCUGGUAACUGGAGGGCUGCUGAGUUCAGAUCCUGACUACACCGGUGUUGCACUGCUGCGACCCUGUGCUCCUCUCAAUUGUGUGUGUGAGAUGUGAUAUCUGGGGGAGUUGACUAAUGCGAGCAGAAGAGACAUUUCCGUUGUUCGCUGUAACAUGGACAAUAAAGUUGUAUAGGGAGGAGCUACGAAGAUCCUGUUCAAACCGUAAAUAUGAUUACAGAAGACAUAUUUCUGUGAAUUAGUCGGUCCAUCAUACAGGAGAUGAAUGAUGAUGUUACUUGGUUUAACCUGGAUGUUCUCUACAUUUUGUACAGGUGAGCCUUACAAUUUUUUUUAAUUGAGCCCGUAUUGUUGAUGGAAAUUAAGAUUGACUUGCAAUUGAUUUCGUUUCUAUAUUCUCUUUACAGGACAGAUUUCUGGGGAUCACAUUACUCCUGUAAGGGAUGAAGUCAUGAGUACAGAGGGAAAACCUGUGACUCUGAGCUGCUCAUAUGAUAUAACCAGCAAUUAUCUUCUGCUUUACUGGUACAGGCAAUAUCCUAACCAGGCUCCUCAGUUUCUACUGAAUAAAGGUGCCAGAUCAAUUACCUGGGAACAUAUCCCUGAUAAGAGACAUACAUCCAAAACAUCUCAGUCAUCAACUGAACUGGUCAUAACAAGUCUAACCCUGGCAGACACAGCUCUCUACUACAAUGCUCUCAGAGAUUGUUAUGACCAGUAUUGUUAUACCCAGUGA